AUGAGGUCGUUAAACAGCUCGUCGAAACGGGAUGAGGCGCCACUGCGCGCUCAUGUCUUCCAGACUCUCGUUCCACCGAUGAGCUCGCCAAUGAGCAUCUUGAACAUUCCAGAUUCAAGCAAAUCGGAGAUAGGAUCUCAGCCAACAGAGCGACUUCCAUCUCCACCUCCAAAGCUAUCACGUAUCGAGCCAACUAUAUUUAGAUGGCCCGAAACUAUGGCUUCCAACUCAAGCUUGCAGGCGAUGUCUCAGCUUAAAAAUCAGUCCGAUGAAAUUUUGAGCUCGCAGCUCCCUGCAACAGCUCGAACUGUUGUGAACGGAAACUAUCAACAGUUUGCCGCAACAAAUGAUCUAGUCGAUCGAGCUCAAUUUCAUAGAGCAAACGAUCCGACAGAUCUAGCUCGAUUGACAAAAGCAAACAGCUCGUCAAAUCAAGCUCUAUCCCAUCCAAUUUCAACUAACCGGAUUCUGUCGAUCCGCGAAACCUUUUGGACCGGAAUCUUUCGAAAGGUUCCAGAUAUCGACAAAGUAAUCAGGGAGACACAACAAACUCCCUUCUCAUCCAGGAUCGCUAACACCUGUCUGCGCGAUACUUACAAGCUACGUAUCCCAAAAUACUCUGCUGAUUUCGGCAUUCGUAAACCAAUAUUCGAUCUUCAUCGAAUCAGAAGUUUCGGAGCCGAUCUCUGGAAGCUUUCUCAAGCUCCAAACGAAUCACUUCGAUCUUAUGUCAAUAGAUUCAAAAAAAUCAUUGCUAAGAUCGAAAACCCUAACGAGGCAGUAGCUCUACUAGCCUUCCAAAACAACCUGUGGUACAAAUCAAAAUUCAGAGAAGAACUAAUCGUUCGACCUCCUGUAUCACUCGACGAUGCACUUCGCUGCGCGUCAACCUUUGCAACUUUUGAAGAGGAGAUCAAUCUCCUCCUAGAAAGACAUCGCAAAGAAGGAUUACCGCAACACUCUCUUUCAUUCGCGAACUCAAUUCUCAAACCGAACUCGAGUUCCGAUUUAGAGAAGUUCUGCGAACAUCACCAAAUCUACGACCAUUCCACCAACGAAUGCCGAGCUAGAGCUAAGGAAAUAGCUAAAAAUCAGAGAGCUGAAGCAAAGAUAGAAAAUCCAAUCAGCCCUCAUCUAAUGAUAACGACAAAGCACCCCGAAAAAGGGAACGCGAGCUCGGAAUCAUCUCCCAAGAAUCAUCUCUUUCACAUAAGAAGCAAUUCGACUCGACCCGGUGUUCAGAGAGCUCAGCUCACGCCGCAGCUCAAUGACCCUCGCGGUCACCCGCCCGCCCGCACCAAAAAGAUAGCGAGCUCUAGCUUAUGCAGAGCUCACAAUCUCGCGGGGGAGUUGAGCGUCUUAUUAGACAGCUAA